GCCGCAAGCUCCUACUCGGAUCAUUAGGGCGAGCGGAAUCUGCGGCCCAGACUCGUUAGGCAUCAGGUUGCGGCAGCAAUAAACAAAGGCCAGACUCGCAGCUCCUCGGAUUGUAAUCAGGAACUUCACUCAUCGAAGCUCCCAUUUAGUUCCAGGAACGUAAGUCGACACUUCGUUCUUAGGAACUCUAAGUCGAAGCCUCGUUCCGAAGAGUUUAACGACUACUAUGGAGGCGUUGGAGAAGUUAGUGACGCAGGCGCAGGGCCUGUCGGGCAGCGCGAGCGACCUGUCGCACCUGCUGGAGGUGCUGCGAGGCGCGGACGAGGCGAUGGCGAAACACGCGGUGCAGUUGGACACCCUUCUAGCGUCGCUGGAUCCCGCGCUGCACUCUCUCGCGUUUCUCUUCUUCCUCGACGCACAUGCAGCACAGGCCCCUCGGGAGCUGUCCGAUCAGGUGGUGGGCACCAUCAUUAACUUCAUCAAACUGGCCGCUCCUACGCAGCUCGCGCUGGCGCCAGAGAAGUUCGCCUCCCUGUGCCAUCGCCUGCGGGACCUACUCAUUUCUCGCACUGAGUUUGCAAGGGGCGUGCUCCCCCUGCACUGGGCGAUAGGCAAGGUGCAGCAGCGGUGCAGCGCGGAGCACCUGACCCCCAGCACGCGGACUGCCUGCAGCUGUGCCUGCUGGCCAAGAUGUACCGCCAUGGGGGAGAGCUGUUGCAAGGGGACAUUCUCGAUAUUGACCCCAAGAAAACGGGGCUAGUGCACCGAGACUUCCUGCUGUACUGCUUCUACGGGGGCACCAUCUAUGUGGGCCUGAAGAAGUACCAGAAGGCUCUAGACCUCUUCAUGCAUGCGAUCACAUCUCCAGCCCAGAGUGUAAAUGCCAUCACAGUGGCGGCGUAUAAGAGGCACGCACUGGUCUCGCUCAUCCUGCACGCUCAACUAUCGCCUUUGCCCAAGUUCACUCCAGGCAUCGUCCAGCGAGGACUCAAGGCGUGCUGCCAGGUAUGGGCUCGUGGGUGUGUGUUGAGGUGGGUCGCAUGGUGAUGUCACCGGGGGUUCAGGGCGCACUGCCAGAAAUGUGUCCGAAGUUGCCUUACCUCUCUAACCUAUCCACAGGUUUGUGCACUCUAGUCGUCGGCACUGAUCUC